AUGGGUGGAAAAUGGGAGGCGGUGGUCAAGUCUCUCAAAUUCCACCUGAAGAGGACGAUUGGAGAUGCUUUAUUGACGUUCGAGGAAUCAAUAACAUUGCUCGCGCAGAUUGAAGCCAUCCUCAAUUCACGACCGUUGGAACCACUCAGCGAUGAUCCAGACGACGUCUCAGCCCUCUCACCAGGACACUUCCUGAUCGGAUCGGCGCUCAACGCAGUGCCAGAGCCCACGCUUCUCGACGUCUCGGUCAACCGAUUGUCAAGGUGGCAAUUUCUGCAGCAGCGUCUACAACAAUUUUGGAGACUCUGGUCUACGCAGUACUUGCAACGACUCCAGGCCAUCUCCAAAUGGCAUCAUCCGUCCAACGAGAUCAAGGUAGGCUCUCUUGUUCUCAUUACUGAUGAACGCUUACCCCCAGGGAAAUGGCCCAUGGCCAGGGUUCUCAGUCUGAUGCCAGGAAAGGAUGGACUGACCAGGAUCGUCAACCUCAAGACGGCCACCACGACGCUCACGCGGCCCAUCGUCAAGCUGGCUCUGCUUCAUCAGCCCUCUCAGAACAACGCGGACCCGCAGACCACAUCUUCGACCAGUCGCUGA